GAGUUGAAGUAAAUAACAAUUUGUAUUAUUGGAACCGUCAGCUGUGUUGAUAGAUGCACGUGUGAGGUGGUGAAGGAGACUCACAGCACUCUGCCCUCACCGUAGAGAAGACUACCUUAGUAUUCACCUGUUUACCUUCUUUCACAUUAUUCUUAUACGUAAUCAGUGAUUUUGGAGAUAAAAGAAAUGGAAGAGGGUGAAGAGCGUGUGAGCUUCAUCACCUGUGCAGCCUGGGUGCCAAGGGGGACUGCAAAAUCUAAUCCAGAAAAGGUUGAAGUUUCGAAAGAAGAAUUGGAACGGAUAAUUCAAGAAACAAAGGGAAAUAUAAAAGAUCUGGAAGAGGUGGAGGAGGAUGAUUAUGAAGACAUAGAGAAGGAUGCAGUAGAGGAGGAUGAUGCAGUAAAUGUAAAGGAGGAAAAAGAGAACAAAGAAGUACCAGUAACCAAGGAGGUAAAGGCAAAAUCGGCAAAGACAAAAAAGAAGAAAAAGAAACAAGCAGAAGAAGAAGAAAAAGCAGACCUUGAAAAUCGCUACAACAUCAGUAGUUAUGAUGAGGAAAGGGAAGAUGAUCAGUUGAGCCAGUUGCUCCAGCUUGGUCUACUGACUGUCCACGCAAGUAACGAUGAUGACCCGUAUAUUACAAUUAAGGACAAAGAGGAUCAAGACAGUGAGGAUGGAGACCAUGAAAUCUUACCCACUGACAACCUCAUUGCUGUUGGGCACGUUGAAGGAGAUGCUGCCAUCUUAGAAGUUUAUGUGUAUAAUGGCGAGGAGAGCAGUUUUUAUGUCCAUCACGACAUUCUGCUUCCUGCUGCUCCAUUGUGCAUGGAGUGGCUCAAUUAUGACCCAGGAGAUGAGCAGCUCAGACCAGGUAAUCUGGUAGCCAUUGGGAGCAUGUCACCUGUGAUUGAUGUCUGGGACUUGGAUUUAGUAGAUUGCAUGGAGCCUGCUUACACUCUUGGUAAGAGAGGCAAGAAGAAAAAGAAACUUCCUGGAGUUGGACAUCAACAGCCAGUCCUGAGCCUCGCUUGGAAUAAACAUGCCGAGCACGUAUUAGCAAGUGGAUCUGUAGACCAGACAGUAAUCUUGUGGGAUCUUCAACAUGGCUCAGUUGCUCAACAUAUCAAAUCAUUCACAGACAAAGUUCAGUCCCUCAGCUGGCACCCGAAUGAAGCAAGCGUUCUUCUUACAGGAGCAUGUGAUAGGAAAGUAAGAAUUUUUGAUGGCCGGAGUAGUGACACCUGUAAGACUUGGGAUCUUGAUGGAGAAAUUGAAUGUGUUGUGUGGGAGACAGUUACUACUGAGCCAUACAACUGUUUGGCUAGUACAGAUCAAGGAACUGUCUUUGGUAUUGAUGCUCGUCAAAAGAAACCAUUAUGGACUUUAAGUGCACACAAUGAUGCGUGCACAGCUAUACGAAUGAGUCCUCAGUGCCCUGGUUGCUUGGUUACUGUAUCAGCUGAUGGAAGUGUCAAAAUAUGGGAUAUUGCUGAUGGAAAACCAAGCUUUAUUGAGGAGAUUAACCCCAGGCUUGGCACUAUCCAGUGCCUUGCAUCAUGCUCCGACUCUCCAUUUGUGUUUUGCAUGGGAGGGGACAACAAGGAAAAUAACUUCAAGGUUUGGGAUAUUAGGGAAUCAAGUAAUGUUCGCUCGAGAUUCUGCAAUCGUAUUGGAUUGCCUGCUGAUGAAGACAUGGACUCUGAAGAGCAAGACAAGCUUCUCAGUCGUUUAGAAAUAUCUGACAAAGAUUCACCCACAGCUGGUGGGUCAUCCCUGACUGUUGCUCCCACCCAGAAUACUGUUCAAUCAAAAUCUAAACCUAAGUUUAGAAAGAAGAAAGGUGGCCAUUUAGAUAGACUGAGGAAAAAAUGGUAGAAAAUUUGGUUAAAUGUACACACAUUUGCUUCUGUAGGUAGGUAGUUAGCUACCAUUUUCAUUAUCAAAGAUACUGUGUUUGAUUUUUAAGAUGUAACUAAAUACAUCUGUUACAAUUUUUAAAUGGAAAAUUAUAUCAGUGUACUGUAUUGUAUUUAAUGUUUAUUGUAAAUAAAUUAGUUAAUGCAGUAAUUGUUUUCAAAUGUUUAAAUUUUUUUACCAGCUGAAACAUUGUCAUUAUAUAAAGGAUAAUUUUUUUUAUCUAGACUAAGCUUUUCAAAUAAAUGUUCAGCAGCUCUAUUAGAUAAUAAUAAAUUAUUUAAAAUGUAGAUUAUUUUUAUUUAACUCUGGUCAUGAAUUUUAAAGUACAGUAAUUAUAUUGUAAAAUUUAUUAAUAUAAAUAAGUGCAAUUAUCGAAUAUUAUUAUUUAAGAGCCUUGGACCUAAAAUUGGUGAUCUUAAGGAAUAUAGAAUAGAAAACAGGAGAAACAAUAAUGCAAGAGAGAGAAUAGCAAAAAGACAAGGGAUUAGAGGGAAAUAGAUAAUAGAUUUAAACAUGUAGAAAUUGGAAAUAUGAAAGAUAUUGAAGAGGCCUAAAACCAAAUUUUUAGUGAAAUUGGUUUUGAAUAAGAUGGUCUUCAGUGCUUGGCUUAGGCCCAAAAGUCCAUAACUGAUUGUAAAUAAUGGCAUCUAAUGACAUUAAUAGAUACAUUGGCAGAUGACAAUUUCAGACAGCUAACUUCUGUAGUGAAGAUACUGCUAGUUUUGAUUUAAGCUUCAAAACAUGUUUAAAUAAUGCUUCAAUUAGAUGACAUGUACAUUGAUAAAUAAUAAAUAUCAAUGAUAACAUUUUAAAGAUGAGGGUUACAUAGACUAAAUAUAAAAUAAUCUAUUGAAAUUUGCAUUUUUUUUUUCAAGAUUCAGAGCCUGGCUCAAUAAAUUAUGGCUAUAUUUACUCGAGGUAUACUUCUUAAUGUAUAUACACAGUUUACAUUAGUCCUGGACUGUUCUUGACUAAACUCAAUGUACUAAUGUCAUAUCCUAAAUAAUCCUGCAAGAGGUUGAUAGGCAUUGUUAAUACCAUCACCACUUCGAUCAUACUUUGAAAAAACAUCUCGUGUAAUAGUGAUUUUAUUUAAGCAGGAUUUAGUCAAGUAAUUUGUGACAGAAAUUCCUUAAUGAUUUCCAGUGCUUGGCUAUUUAUAUUAUUUCUUUCCCCUUUCUGAGAUUAUAAACCACUUUCCUCAGCUAGUUUAAAAAAAAAGCUGAGAAAUACUGUACCUUAUUUAUUUAAAUUGUGUAACCAAUUUUAA